UCGUUUUCAUAAUGAUGAAGCAAAUCAUGAAAGCGUUCGUAGUUUUCGCAGCUCUUGCAGCUUUGUGUGCAGCAAAGUCGGUGCCUCUGACUCCGGAGGACAGCAGCGACUAUGUAGAGGGCGAGAGCCGCUACGUGUGGAUGCCGGACGGCGAGGGCAACCCAGUGCUUGUAGACCUCGAAGAACCAGUUGAUGAAGCGCUCCUUAGCUCCAGGAAUGGUGCGAACAACCAGUACUGGCUGUUCACUAGGCAAAACCCUACCGCCAGGCAAGUGCUGGUCCACAACAACAUCAACAGCGUAUGGAACUCCAACUACCGUAACACCCGCGGACUGGUCGUCAUUGUACACGGCUGGAACAACAAUGGGGACACCCAAAUGAACCCUCUCAUCAGAGACGCCUUCCUCGCCGUGGCUGACGUCAACGUCAUUGUAGUCGACUGGCGUGCUCUGGCCGGAUCCAGUUACAACACCGCUGCCGCUGGUGUCCCCAGCGUCGGCCAACACCUCGGCAACUUCCUCAUUUGGCUGUUCAACAACGUCGGAGGCAACUGGAACAACGUGCACUUGGUCGGCUUCAGCUUGGGCGCUCACGUCGUCGGUAACGCUGGAAGACAGGCUGGUGGCCGAAUCUCGAGAGUCACAGGUCUGGACCCAGCUGGUCCCCUAUGGGGUGGAAACGGCAACCGCCUGCAACCCAACGCUGGUCGCUACGUUGAGGCAAUCCACACUGACGGCCGCGCUUUGGGUCUCAUGGAUGUCAGUGGUCACGCUGACUUCUACCCCAACGGUGGCAGACACCCUCAGCCUGGCUGCUGGGGUGGUGUCACCCAGACUAGCUGCUCUCACGGCCGUGCCACUGAACUGUUCGCGUCUUCGGUCAGAACCAACCAUUUCGUGGGCAGACGCUGCGUCAACCUUUGGGAAGCUGAACUAAACACUUGCAACGGCGCUGCCUUGAACAUGGGCAACCCAAAUAUCAACAAAUCUGGGAAUGGAAUAUACGGUCUGAGAACCGGCUCUGCUUGGCCUUUCUAAAUGACUUCAAGAGAAGACAAAAAUACUAUUUUAACUAUUUAUUAAGUUAAUAAACACAAUGAAAUCUCCAUAA